UUCUGCAGUGGACCCAACCUGUCGAAUGUCGUAAAUGAAGUGUCGUAAAACAGAAGGAAGGCGGGAUUCCCGACGGCAAUUACUGAGGAAACCUAAGCUGUAGAGGCCGCUAUGGCAAACGUUCCGUGGGCCGAGGUCCGUGAGAAAUUCCAGGCCGCGCUGGCCCUUUCGCGGGUGGAACUGCAUAAAAACCCGGAGAAGGAGCCGUACAAGUCCAAGUACAGCGCCCGAGCGCUGCUGGAAGAAGUCAAGGCGCUGCUUGGACCCGCGCCGGAGGAAGAGGAUGAGCGGCCUCAGGCUGACGACGCCUUGAACGCGGAGAACCACUCCCUGGGGCUGCCAGCUGAAGUGGUGGAGGCCGAGGGGCCUGUCGCCCAGCGGGCGGUGAGGCUGGCGGUCAUUGAAUUCCACCUCGGGGUGAACCACAUUGACACGGAGGAGCUGUCGGCGGGGGAGGAGCAUCUGGUAAAAUGCCUGAGGCUGCUGCGCAAGUACCGGCUUUCCCACGACUGCAUCUCCCUCUACAUCCAGGCGCAGAAUAACCUGGGUAUCUUGUGGUCUGAAAGAGAAGAAAUUGAAACUGCACAAGCUUACCUAGAAUCAUCAGAAGCACUAUAUAAUCAGUAUAUGAAAGAGAUUGGGAGUCCUCCUCUUGAUCCUACUGAACAUUUUCUUCCUGAAGAAGAGAAACUUACUGAACAAGAGAGAUCAAAAAGAUUUGAGAAGGUUUAUACUCAUAUCUUAUAUUAUCUGGCUCAAGUCUACCAGCAUAUGGAAAUGUUUGAGAAGGCUGCUCAUUAUUGCCACAAUACCCUAAAACUCCAGCUUGAGCACAAUGCCUACCAGCCUAUAGAGUGGGCUAUUAAUGCUGCUACCUUGUCACAGUUUUACAUCAAUAAGCUAUGCUUUAUGGAGGCCAGGCACUGUUUAUCAGCUGCUAAUGUCAUUUUUGGUCAAAUUGGAAAGAUCUCAGCCACAGAAGACUCUACUGAAGCUGAAGGAGAUGUACCGGAGCUUUAUCAUCAGAGAAAAGGGGAGAUAGCAAGAUGCUGGAUCAAAUACUGUUUGACUCUCAUGCAGAAUGCCCAACUUUCCAUGCAGGACAACAUAGGAGAGCUUGAUCUUGAUAAACAAUCUGAGCUUAGAGCUUUAAGGAAAAAAGAACUAGAUGAAGAAGAAAGCGUUAGGAAAAAAGCUGUGCAGUUUGGAAAUGGUGAACUGUGUGAUGCCAUCUCCGCAGUGGAAGAGAAAGUGAGAUAUUUGAGACCUUUAGAUUUUGAAGAAGCCAGAGAACUGUUCUUACUGGGUCAGCACUAUGUCUUUGAGGCAAAAGAGUUCUUUCAGAUUGAUGGUUACGUCACCGACCAUAUCGAAGUUGUCCAGGACCACAGUGCUCUGUUUAAGGUGCUUGCAUUCUUUGAAACUGACAUGGAGAGACGAUGCAAGAUGCACAAACGUAGAAUAGCCAUGCUAGAGCCCCUAAUUGUAGACCUGAAUCCACAGUAUUAUCUGCUGGUCAACAGACAGAUUCAGCUUGAAAUUGCACAUACUUAUUAUGAUAUGAUGGAUUUAAAGGUUGCCAUUGCGGACAAGUUAAGGGAUCCUGAUUCACACAUCGUAAAAAAAAUAAAUAAUCUUAAUAAGUCAGCAUUGAAGUACUACCAGCUCUUCUUAGACUCCUUGAGAGACCCAAAUAAAGUAUUUCCUGAGCAUAUAGGGGAAGAUGUUCUUCGCCCUGCCAUGUUAGCUAAGUUUCGAGUUGCCCGUCUCUAUGGCAAAGUCAUCACUGCAGAUCCCAAGAAAGAGCUAGAAAAUUUGGCAGCAUCAUUGGAACAUUACAAAUUCAUUGUUGAUUACUGUGAAGGGCACCCUGAGGCUGCCCAGGAAAUAGAAGUUGAACUAGAACUUAGUAAAGAGAUGGUGAGUCUUCUUCCAACAAAAAUGGAGAGAUUCAGAACCAAGAUGGCCCUGACUUAAUCUUUGUUUUUAAAGAAAGGAAAUAUGCAAGAUUGAAGUGCUUUUUUCCCUUAUCAAACAGGCCUAAUUCCAUUGUGAUACUUACCUUUAUAGCUGGAUGAGUGCCGUUUGAACUGAGAUAACAGUCAGAUCAGUUGAGUCUUUGGUAGGACCUUAAUCAACAUAAAGGUAAUUAACAGUCUGCACUAAAUUAUGUAAAUUGCCUUAUUAAAGUGACGUGUGAUUGGUAUUUCAGGUUGCUUGUUUCCUAUUUAAAUAUAAACUUUUACUGCUUUAGUUUCUAAUGUUGUUGGCUAGUACUUGAUGGAUUAGUUACAAGGAAAAAUGCUGGGUAAUGUACCUGGUAGACAAGCCUGUUACUAUAUUAAAACCGAAGAAGUAACUUCCUGUAGUUAUUCUUUCCAAAAUACUUACUUUCCUAAAUUCCUGAAGAAAUCUUUCCUUUUUGAAAAUAAUAAAAACUAAGUUAUGUUUAUUUUGUGUGUUGCAAAGUAGUUUAUCUCAAUUAUAUUCCUUGUUGGAAAUAUAAUAAAUUGACUUGUUUCACUAAU